AUGAGUCAUUCUGACGGCAGCACACAACCACAUUCACUGGAUUUCGACAAGGAAGAAGCCACAGAAAAUUCAAAACGAUUUCAUUUCAGCAAUGGUCGGGAUAGUCACGUCAGUGAAGCCGAGGCCGUCCGGCAGAUCCGAUGGGCCUGGCACCUAUCACCAGCCCCCCUGCACCGUCUGCCGAGCUGGAGCGAGGACUCGCAGGGCGUGCUGGCUGCCGUCACUGCUGCUGGUGGUCGAGUCGCGUGGCCUUUCUGGGCGGUGCCGUCUCCGGUGACAGGCUCGGGGGCACUGGUUCUCGGUGAAGGGUCUCUCUGGAUUUUGUGGAUAAACAAACAUGGUAAAGUGAUUAAACCUCUGCAGUACCAGUCUUCAGUGGCACCGGGCACGGUUGCAAGAGUGGAACCAAAUAUUAAAUGGUUUGGAAAUACUCGCGUGAUCAAGCAGUCAUCCCUGCAGAAAUUUCAGGAGGAGAUGGAAACCGUCAUGAAGGAUCCAUACAGAGUGGUGAUGAAGCAGAGGAAGUUGCCGAUGUCCCUGUUCUACGACCGGAUCAAACCGCACGCCUCCAGAGUUCACAUUCUUGACACAGAAACGUUUGAAACAACAUUUGGCCCCAAGUCACAGAGGAAAAGACCAACUCUUUCUGCAAGUGAUGUGCAGUCUCUGGUGGAGAAUGCUGAAGCCUCAUCAGGAUCUUAUGAUCAGAGCAAGGACCGAGACCUGGUGACAGAAGACACUGGUGUAAGGGAAGAGGCACAAGAGGAAAUAUAUAAGAAAGGACAGUCCAAAAGAAUCUGGGGUGAGCUCUACAAGGUGAUAGACUCAUCAGAUGUUGUCGUUCAAGUUCUUGAUGCCAGGGAUCCCAUGGGUACUCGCUCCCCUCACGUGGAAUCUUACCUUAAAAAGGAGAAACACUGGAAACAUCUCAUUUUUGUCCUGAACAAAUGUGAUCUUGUUCCUACCUGGGCCACUAAGCGCUGGGUUGCUGUGCUUUCCCAGGAGUAUCCAACACUUGCUUUUCAUGCCAGCCUCACAAACCCUUUUGGCAAAGGUGCUUUCAUACAGCUGUUAAGGCAGUUUGGAAAGUUACACUCUGACAAGAAACAGAUCAGUGUGGGUUUCAUUGGUUAUCCGAACGUUGGCAAAAGCUCAGUGAUCAAUACAUUACGGUCUAAGAAGGUCUGCAAUGUGGCCCCAAUUGCAGGUGAAACAAAGGUGUGGCAGUACAUUACCUUGAUGCGGCGGAUUUUUCUCAUUGACUGCCCGGGUGUAGUUUAUCCAUCUGGAGACACAGAAACAGACAUUGUGCUGAAGGGAGUGGUUCAAGUUGAAAAGAUUAAGAGCCCUGAAGAUCAUAUUAGUGCCGUGCUGGAAAGAGCCAAACCGGAGUACAUCAGAAAGACGUACAAAAUUGAUUCAUGGAAGGAUACAGAAGACUUCCUUGAGAAACUUGCUUCUAGGACUGGAAAACUGCUAAAGGGUGGUGAGCCUGACCUGCAAACUGUGAGCAAGAUGGUUCUCAAUGACUGGCAGAGAGGCAGAAUUCCGUUCUUUGUGAAGCCACCGAAUGCAGAAACAGGUCCCCAGCCUCCUGCGUUGGAAGUAGCGGUGACAUCAAGCCAGGAUAAUAAUGAGGAGAAGAUCUCUGAGUCGGUAGCACCAAGCAUGGAGCCAGCAGAAGAGAAGAAUAAUACAGACACUGAAAUCAAGCAACUCAUGUCACAUGUUCGGCAGAACUUUGGGAGGAUCAAUGUGGCACCGCAGUUCUCGGAAGAAGACCUGGUUCCUGUAGAUGUGCCAGGCUUCGAUGAAACAGACAGUGAUUCUGCUGCAGAGGAGGAGCAGGAAGAGGAGAAGGAGGAAAAGGAGCAGCAUCAAGAUGUGGCAGAGGAGGAGUCGCAGUUGGCUGUACCAGGUGCCAGGGAGGGCUCUAAGGCAGUUCUUAAGGCUUUGGAGGAGAAGAUUGCCAAAUACAAAAAAUUUCUGGAUAAAGCCAAAGCCAAGAGAUUCUCAGCAAUAAGAAUCCCUAAGCAGCUGACUGAAAAAGUGCUUGCAAAAUCCAUGCAGACGUCUGAGGAACCCAAAGAAACUGAAGACAGAGGCAGCACAGAGAAGAAAAGAAAAAGGAAGGUGGAAGAGGAAGAUGAUGAUGAUGACCAUUUGGGUAAACAGCCUUGCAAGAAACUUACAUCCAAAGAAAGAAGGCGAGCUGAGAGGCAGCAGCGCUCCAAGAAAGUUGGAGUCCGGUAUUACGAAACUCACAACGUGAAAAAUAAGAAUAAGAACAAGAAAAAAACUGGCUUGGAGGAACAGAGAUCAAAGCACAAAAAAUACAAACAUAAGCAAUAACUACUGCUUAUUCUAUUAAAUUUUACGUAAAAGAUCUCUAGUAUGCAGUGGCUUUUUUUAAUAUAAAACUUGUAGUUCCCAUUC